GGUUCCUUCAGCAACGGGCUAAGUGCGGUGCGAAGGAGUCCACUGUCCCGGAGCAAUGGAGCCAUUGCCUGCCAGCUUUUAUGGGAAGUUCGACGAGAAAAAUCCCGUUGUAGCUUCACUUGAACAAAAGCUGAAUCACUUUAUGAAAGAUAUGGAGAGAGUGACCUCCUACCGCUCAUACACAAGAGGAGCCAGUGAAUUAUUUUGCAUUUGGAAUGAGUAUGAAAAACUGUUGCCAGUUCAUUAUUACCAAGAAAAAUUAUUGAAGAUUGGAACUUUUUUACUACAACUGAAGUUCUAUAAAUUGGCUUCGUGGCAAUGUUUUGGACGAUGUCUUCAACAGUUUGGUUCUUUCAGGAUUGAUGACAUUACAGAUGUAAAUACAUUUAAGACCACCUUUUUACCAAGUCCAUUUGAAAUCGGUAGUGCCAGCUUAACGCUUCAUGCAUUGCAAAUGAACUGCAUCUGCAGUUACUACAUGGUGAAAGAAGCUGAUUCAAGACUGCUGAAAAUGGAUUCACAAAGGAAGUGCACAAGCAUUCUUAAGUUCCUUCGACUUAUUAUGCAAGUGGCCCUACCUAAAGAACAGCUUUGCUGGCUUAUUUACAAUGGUACAACUUACAUUUAUACCAUAUGUAGACAUUUGAUGGUUUUAACACUUUAUACCCAGGCAUUUGAAUUUCUACUAUGGGCCAGCAUCUGCAUGGAAACAUCUAUUCCACUUUCAACAGUUCGCUAUCUAAGAUGGAGAGCAACUCUUUAUACUGCUGUGUGUCAGUGUUAUUAUGACUGUGAAUAUGACCUGACUGCAGAGGUGUUUGCUCGUCGUGCUUUAGGCAAGAUCAGUGAAUUAAGCCAGUUAGAAACCAUGAAUCCGUCUCCUCAGACUCCUCACAUUGGGAAAGCCUUUAGAGAGGCCACUGUCAAGAUAUCAAUAAUGAUAUUUAAAAGAGCGGUAUUUGAAAGUAGAAGAAAACCAAAAGGAAUUUUGCGACCUAAACAAAGAACUAACUACAAAGAGUCUCAAAAUUUGCCCUGGCCACACAAUACUACAGAACAUCUUUUGGCAGAAAUGUUUCAUGGCAGUGCAGCCCAGUUCCUUGCCAUUACAGAGGCCUUGUCAGCUCGUAGUAGACGUGUUCUACAGACUAGGCCUCCUUUUCCUCCUGAACAUGAAAUAUUUGAUGUAACAACUGAACUUUUCCUAGCAGGACUGCUGAUCCUCUCAGGUGGCGCUGGUAAUACUCAACUGAAUGCACCUGCCUGCACAGACCCAAUUGGUGGGUUAAUCAAGUCAAGUUCCCUUAUAGAACUUGCAGCUGCAGGUGAGGAUGGUGUAAGCGUGGAGGCUGCUGUAAGGUUUGCAAAGACGGCAUUCUGCUAUGAGUACUUGGAAGUAUUCGAUAUCAUCGUUGCACCACUUCUCAGUUUCUUAAGGAAAAAUGAAAAUCUGGCCUGGAAGAGUUAUGAGCUUGAUUUGGAUCUACUGAUUGCUAUGGAACCAUUUGUUUCACCACGUAAACCCAAGCAUGGUCUUCCUGUUGGAGCAAACUGCUCGAUAGGAGGAACACUUCAACCUGGUGGGGCCACCAUCUCAUGUGAUGAUCUUGUGAUACUAGCGGAAGCAAUGUUUGCAUAUACCUGUACCCCUUUAGAGGGCUGUAGUCCAGAUAUCGACAUGGUUGUGGAUGCUGUUCUUUUUCUGUGGCAGAAGUGCAAGACAGUUCUACAGAAAGGCAACUUUGGGGUUACUGGUUCCACAAAAUUUUUAAAGAAGCUUGAUAACCUUGGAAAGUGGUUGCAUAUCCUGUCCAUACUUCAGGAAGUGACUAUUUGGUGCAACUUAGGAGACAUUGACCCUGUGCUGAUGGUCGAUAUUACACUGUACUCAGCAGGGUUGCUUGAAAUCCUGGCUGACUCCAGUGUGAAAUCCAAGAGAAAGCCAGGUGAUAUUGCUGCACGUGAGACUCAAAGUGACACAGCAACAUCUUCACAAACUCCAGCAAUAUCAAUGCAAACAGAACAUUGUACUCCAAUUAAUGUGUUAGCGAAGCACCCAGCUGAACAACUUGAGAUUGCAUGUAAAAUGCUUGAAAAAGCAUUGGAUAGUAUUUGCAUGGCUCGCUCAGCAACUGUUUCAACAGAAAAAUCCGUCUUGAUUGAUAAAAGCUGCAUAAAGGUGGAGGUGAACAUUUUCCAGUCAAACACCCAAUCAGAUGAACAGAAAAAAAAAGAUAUUUCACACGAAGAUUCUUAUAAAGCAAUACCUCUCCAAAGUUUUAUCAUGGAUUUACAUUUGGAGCUUAUUCAGGUUUAUUACAGAGUGGCAUUUAAGUUUCUCAAAAUAAGUAAUGAGCUACUGAAUUCUGAAAACACAACCAGUCAAGAAACCAUUGGGACUGAUGAAAAUUAUGGCUUUACCAUUUUAAAAGAGGCAGACAUCUUAAAGAAAGUCAGGAAGAACAGCAUGUUGAAGGCUAUGUUUCUAAUUCAAAAAGUGAUGUAUCUGUACAGCAAGGAACAGGACCAGUCUACCAAAUAUCAACUACUUGAGAAAGCUGCAACACUGCUGCAGAAAGUUGAAGUUGAGGAGGAGAUCCUAUAUUCGUUAAGAACAAAACCGACAUUAACUGAUAAUGAAGAGCUUGAUGUUGUACCAGCCCCCAUCCUGCUGUCCAGAACACACAAUUCUGUGAUAUUCAAACCAGCUCCUUUUGCUUCUUCUAAAGAGGUUUACUGGUAUCGCAUAUUUGGCCGUACUGCAACAGGAAGCAUUCUCAAAGUACGCCUCAAGGAUUCUCAUCUUCAGAGUACAGGAAUACAGGUGCCAGCAUUUGGAGAGUGCUUACUGGAAGUAAAAGACCUUGAACCUAAUGAAAAAUACAUAUUUGCAGUUGCUGCUUAUUCAGAAGAUGGAACAAUCAUUGGAAAUGGAAUUGGGGAAACGACAAAGCCAAUCCUAGCAUAUUAUCCUCUUCCUAUCCUUACAGCAUGGACCUACCUUUGUCAGGUUGCAUAUCAGUUAGGACACUAUCCAGUGUCUAAAGCAGCCAUCUCCAUUUUAUGGAAACACUUUGUUACAGACAAAUGUUUACAACAAAAUAAAUGCCUUGUUUCUCACAAGACUGAUUGGUGCAUCUCUCCGAAAAGCUUAAACAAUGAUGCUGUACACCUGGCAUCACCCAUCCUUCUGCGGAGAUUUCUGGCAUGCAUCUUCAUUGAUUCUGAUAUUAGUUGCCAUGAGGAUGCUGUUUACUGUGACUCUUUGUCUGAUAGUGGACCUCUCUACAAUGGGCAACUUAGUAGAUUGGCUAAAUGUGAAAGAAUUCUGGUGGCCAUUGAACUUGCCAGUUGGAUCAAUGAUGUCAAUCAAGCACUGCAGGCUGUUGUCCAGUGCUACGGACUUCUUGCCCCCCUGAUCUUUCACAGGAUUCCUUCAACUCCAGUUGUACAGAUUCUCCUAAAAUGUCUAUGUGUCCUACAACACGUCAUUGGUGUGACCAAGCAAAGGAAACAGGCUGGAGUAGUUGAAAGUUUGCAACACAUGACAGCAUGUAUCACAUAUCAUUUAGCAAAGGUAUUACGAUUCUGGAAAGAGUAUAAUCUUGCUUUAGAAGUUGUACUUAUUGGAAAGGAGAUUCUGCAAUCUGCAGAUCAGGAAAUUACUCCAGAACAAAAGGCUGGAGGCGUUGAGGAUGAAGCUGAAGCAAUAAAAAACAAAUGGGAAAGCACCAUUGAAAAACAGAAAUUAGCAAUUGAAAAUUCUAUGCAGGUGAAAGAAAUGUAUGAUAUUACAUCUGAUCUGAAAAAGGAAGGAAAAACAGAAUUGUUGCCUGGAAAUGAAGCUGUGAUUUAUAUAACAAUCUUAUAUGCACCAGUAAAUACUGCUUACAGUGCAGUCAAGAAAUUUAAAGGCAAAAGUCGAUUCCUGGAAUAUUUUGUACUGUUGCUAGACAGACUGGUACGGGAGGAGAAUUACGAAUUUAUAACAAAUUGGGUGAAGGAAGUUGUUGGCAUUUUAAGAAAGCGAAACGAUGCCCUUCUUGGCCCAAGGAAAACACCUGGAAAGAAAAAUAUAGUCAAACCUUUGAAGAAUGCAGCAGUUGUCCUGGAGUAUCACAAUAAUCCAAGCAAAAAACCGAAGAGAGAAAAAGCAACAAUGAAGGAACUCAUGCACAACUUUCUCAAUAAUCCAGCUUUAAAGAAAGAUUCCAAUGCAGCAAGGAAACAAAGAGAAAGAUUGGUAAACAAAGCUAAGGAAGUUUUCCAAACUUUGCUUGGACCAAUUAUACGUACCUAUCUGCAACUGAAAAAGUUCAAUAAAGCUUGUAUGUCAGAAAUGCCGUGGCGCAGCCAGCUGAAUGUACUACUGGGUAUUCUCUGCUUUAAUUCAUUCAUGAAGUGUUAUGACGAAGAGUGUUGGACUUCAAGAAGCAUGAGCAGAUAUUCCUUUUUGGACCCUGAUAUAUUUACUGUACAUAAUUGUGGUGGCCUGCUCAUAGAGACAGAGAGUGAUGAUACAGGAACAACGCAGCAAAUUCCUGAAAUCUCAUUGCCCUCCCUCAAAAGAAAUGAAAAACCAUCAGAAUCAGCACAUGGCUGGGAUGAUGGCAUUUCUGACAGUACCGAAAGUGCCGUGCACACACCAGUGAUGCAAGCAACAACUGAUGAAUCUGUUCACGCUGCAGAAGAACCAAACACGCCAAGUACUUGCAGCACUGUUAUGCUCGAUCAAUUAAACAAAGCCUUUUUAUACUUCAGAAGAGCAGUGGUUCUUGCACAUCGAGGAGGCCAUUGGACAGCUUUGCAAAAUACAUGUCGACUUCUGUGGAACUGUGCACAUCUUGUGAUGGUGUACAUUGGCAGUAUUGACUCAUCGAAAUCUGACAUUUUAACUACAAACAGAGUGAAGAAUAUCUUCUGUCUGCCAUUCAACUUGGCUGCGCAGAAUCUCAUUGAUAUGAUACUACAACUACAGAACACAGAUAAUAUUAUCAAGUUUGUUGAUCCAGAUGGCAUCUUUAGUGUUUCUAGCUGCGUAGGGGAUAUAUCAGAUGAUCACGGUGGAUUCAGUUUGAAAUUUGAACAGCCAUUUGAUAAUACAAAUGUGGUUGACUUAAACUUAGUGUGCGCCAUAACACUUUACUCUCUAGAAUUGCUCUGUCAUCAAAAAAAGUGGGAGUCCUUGGCCUACUUAGCCAUGUACUUCAAUGCAGUUACUCAUGAAAGGUACACUCAGAAAGUCACUCCCCUCUUAGUCUUUGCCCAGGGCCAACUUCAGCAAAGAAUUCGGAUGUCCAAUGGGCCAGUGCCUCCACAGCCUCAUUUUGUACGUGCAGAAAUCAACUCAGGAACAAUUAUAAAUUCCAGAAACUUUAUAGAAACACAGUUGAUAGUUACAACAGCUGAAGGCAACACUGAUACUAUUGAUCUUCAUAGAAGAAAUAUGCAGUCAGAGUUCAAGACAGCAAAUAAUUUGGUGUCCGUUCCAGUGAAUGUGGAGGUUACACUCAGCACCUUCAGGGCAUCACUGAUCAACGUGAAUUAUGAGGGCUCUGCCCUCAGGCAUAGCAGGAAACUCUUGGCACUACUCCUGGCUUACACGCAACAAAGACGGAGAGACAUCAUGAAACGCACACUUGGAGCUGUUGGGUUCAAUGCAACACCAGUACCUGUGGAAAACGCCAAGCCUGCCGACCUAUCCAAUGAAGACUUUGAUACAUUUGAUGGUAUUUUGUGUAAACCGCUGCCUUGGUCACAGGUUUCACUUGUGAUUUUAUCAUAUAAAAAUACCAUUGAAUUACUUCGAAUAAAUGGUCGAAGGAGUUUGUGUGCACAGGCCCUCCACGAACAAGGAAACGUUCACUUCUAUGCGGGAAACAGGAGGUAUAUUUAA